AGGUUCAGCACUCUCUCUCUCUCUCAUACUCUCUUUGUUUCUCAUUCCAACAAAACAACACCUCUGGCCUCUCCCACUCUAGCUUUCUUCACAACAAAACACUUCCUGAAAAUGAGUUUUGCUUCUUCCGUAGCUCCAACCACUAAAAGGUUGGAAGGGAAGGUUGCAAUCAUAACCGGAGGUGCCAGCGGAAUUGGCAAGAGCACUGCAAAAUUAUUUGUUCGUCAUGGAGCAAAGGUUGUAGUAGCAGAUGUCCAAGAUGAGCUAGGCCAUUCCCUCUGCAGAGAGCUUGAUUCCGAGGACACAGCCUUCUUUGUCCACUGCGAUGUCUCUAAAGAAGCUGAUGUUCAGAGUCUGGUUGAUAGUGUCGUCUCCAAGUAUGGAAAGCUGGACAUCAUGUAUAACAACGCUGCCAUCCCCGGAAACCUGAAUCCAGAACUGCUGGAAACUGAUCCCAAAGAUUUCGAAAGGGUUCUGAGUGUGAACCUCAUUGGCGCCUUCUUGGGAGCCAAGCAUGCUGCAAGGGUUAUGAUCCCACAGAAGAAGGGCUCCAUCCUCUUCACUUCAAGCGUUGUUUCAGCCAUCAGCUGUGGCUCACCCUACCCAUAUGGGGUCUCAAAGUAUGCAUUGGUAGGGCUGGCCAAGAGCUUGUGUGGGGAGCUGGGGCAGUAUGGGAUUAGGGUCAAUGUCAUCUCUCCCUAUGGAAUAGCCACUCCUAUGCUUGGCCAUGUUCUGGGGAACAUGGAGUCCAGCAAAGUUGAAGAGGUGACAUAUGGUGGAGCCAAUCUGAAAGGAGUCAUCUUGAAGGAGGAGGACAUAGCAGAGGCCGCUGUUUUCCUAGCAAGCGAUGAGUCGAGGUACGUUAGUGGGCUCAACCUUCUGGUGGAUGGGGGCUACAGCACUGUUAAUGCUGCUUUCCCAACAGCCAUUGCUAAAGCUUUCCAGUCGCUACAGCCUUGACGCCUCCCCAGCAGACAAUUGCUUUUGAUCGACUGUAUACGACCACUAUUGGGAUAUUCAGGAUUCAGGAAUAAUUCAUGUCUUUCUUGUUGUUUUUUCCACAUAAUCUAAACGACUAAUGAAUAAUAAGAUAUUUAUA